GUUUCCAAUAUGCUAAUUUUUUUUUUUUAAGACAUUCAAAUAAAGAAAUCUUACCAAUAAUAGGAUAUGUUUAAGCUUGUGAAACUAAAAAUGGUUUGUUAAGUACUUUGCUUUUCUCAUCAGAUUUUUGAAUAAAAUUCCAGGAGGCUUUUAGCCUUUUCCCUUUUUUAAUUCCUCUUUGGUAAAACAAUAAAAAAUUCACGGUGACUAGCCAAAUUGAAGACAUCACGAUGGGCUGGCGUGCUUCAAUGCGAUCGAAUAGGUCCACCGGUUCGGAUCUUUUGGAGGGGCCGAAUCCACGUCACUCCCUGCUAUCCGGAAGAUACAAGCAGAGCUUCGCCUAUUUGACGCUGCGAUCGCGAAUGCCUGGGAUUAUGCAGCAGAUCAUAAUGAGGGUGCACAGCGAUUUGCCGGAACUAGUGAACAAGUAUGGCGUGGAUGUGGGCAAGGAUGUGAAGCAGAUAGUGGAUGCCAUUGAGCGUCUGAAGAUGGAACUGAACCGGGAUCGGCAGUUUCUGCUCUUCCACGGAUCCGAGCCGGACAAGAGCGAAUGGAAUGCCUUUUUGACCGCGCUGCCACGCCCCAAAAAGACCUUCUUUCGCGCCUGUUGGCUGCACGCCGAGUGCUACCUGUACCGGCGCAUCUUCUCGUUCUUCGAGAACAGCCGCUUUCUGCACAACUACGACUACUUCGAUCAUCUGAAACAGGAGGACCUCAUGAUCAGCGACGUGGCCAUGAAGGUCUUGGCCCAAGCCACACGCGAUUUGCCCAAAAGUUUUGAGAAUUUCAGCAAGCUGGUAAGGAUAAAUCUGUGGGGCAAUCACUUCGAAAUGCAAAUGGGUGGUUAUCCCUUCGGGCCGGAAGACAGCCUGAAGGACAUUAAUGUCCUGGCUCGGGUGGCCAGCAUCGAUAAAAUCCUGCUGGUGAACGACUCGACGCUGGUGUGGAACUGUCUGCUGAAACCCGGUCAGAAUGGCACAGUGGACUACAUCUGCGACAACGGUGGCUUCGACUUCUUCACCGACAUGUUGCUGCUGGAGUACAUGGUCGAACAUAACCUGGCUACUCAGGUGAGGCUUCAUGUCAAGGCCAUUCCCUGGUACAUAUCGGAUCUCACGAGGGCGGAUGUCGAGUGGACAAUGGAUUACCUUGUCCGCCACGAAGACGAGUGCCUGUCGGCGGUGGGCAAAAAGUGGGCUCGCCUGAUGAGCAGCCAAAGAAUCGUGAUUGCACCCACUUCGUAUUUCUGGACAGGACCACAGCCCUAUUUCGUGAUGGUGGAAUCGGAUCUGGAACUGUAUCGCCUGCUCACCGACUCCACGCUGGCCAUUUUCAAGGGGGAUCUGAACUACAGAAAGCUGUUGGGCGACUACAUAUGGGACUCGGCGGAGGAGUUCAUCACCUGCCUGCGGGGCUUCAGACCCACGAAUAUCUGUGCCAUGCGCGCAGUCAAGUGCGAGGUGGUUUGCGGUCUGCCCGAGGGCAUGGCGGACAAACUCCUGCGCUCCGAUCACACGUGGAUGAUCUCCGGCAGCUACGGGUUGAUCCAGUACACCGACUCCCUGAAGUGUUCCUGCGCAUUGACGGGUGAAGAGAGCUCCGAUAAACCGGAACACUGGGGAGCUCUGGUACAGGCCAGUUCUGAGAGGUCUUCCACGGUGCUCACUCCUCUCCUUUGAAUUGGAAGCAAAUUUGUCAGUCGGCAAUCGAACGGCCUCGUUACUCCCACUUGGAAUCAAAUCCACUGCAAGUGCUACCCAACAAAACCCCCCAGGAUUGCUUCGCACCGACUUUGUUGCUGGCCAAUUGGCGAGUAACGAAUGACGUUGGCUUUAUGGAUGGGGCGCACAUGCGCAACCAUUUGUCCCAGCGACUCCCAAUUUGGAAAUGGAAAGUUGCCACAGUGGCAAAAGUUGCCAGAGGCAGCAAAAAAAAAUAUGAAAAUUAAAUAUGUGCUGAUUAAAUUGAUUGUUUUUCAA